AUGGAACCCAAAUCAGCCGCACUAGCCCUUUGCCUCCUCCUUCUCCCACUACUUUCCCACGCUCACGGCCAUCACAACAACUCAACCUCGCCACCAUCUCCAUUUGCCUUCCUCCAACACCUCAAAGGCUGCCACAAGGGCGACAAGCUCAAAGACAUCCCCAAGCUCAAAUCCUACCUCCACAAGUUCGGAUACCUCGACUACACCAACCAAACCUCCCCUUCCAACCACUCCAACGACCGAUACUUUGACCACCGCCUCGAGAACGCCCUCAAGACUUACCAGGCCAACUACCACCUCAACGCCACGGGGGCUCUCGACUCCGCCACCGUGGCCUCGAUGAUGUCCCCGCGCUGUGGCGUGGCUGACAUCAUCAACGGGACCAACUACAUGCAGAACCGACGCGGUCACAGCCACAGGCUGCACGCGGUGGCUCACUUCUCUUUCUUUGAAGGGAGGCCCAGGUGGAGAGCCUCGAAGACGAGGCUCUCCUACUUUAUCCUCCCGGGGACCCCAGACGCAGCGGUGGGCCCAAUAUCGCGUGCUUUCCAGACCUGGGCUGAGAACACACGAUUUGAGUUCCAGAGGACUGGAGGGGACCCCGGGAGUACCGUGGACAUCACGGUGGGGUUCCACCGUAGGGCCCACGGGGACGGGGCGGAUUUCGACGGAGAAGGUGGCGUGUUGGCUCACGCGUUUGCGCCGGAGAACGGGAGGUUUCACUACGAUGGGGACGAGAGGUGGGGGAUCAGGAACCCAGGGGCGUUUGACUUGGAGACGGUGGCGUUGCAUGAGAUCGGACAUCUCUUGGGGCUCGGCCACAGCGACGUCCGGGAGGCGGUUAUGUUCUCCGGUAUCGGUGUUGGUGAGGUUAAGGGUUUGCAUGGGGAUGAUAUUGAAGGGAUUAGGGUUUUAUAUAGUGGGUAG